AUGGAGAGUCUUGCAAACGAUGCCUUUGAGUUCUUGAUUUGCAUGCACUCUGCACUGCUUCCCGUAAGGGAGUAUCGGCGAACAAGCUUCUAUUUAGUGUCUGUUAGAGGCAGCGAUGUGGGAUUGAGAACUUGGCGAGAGCCCAAGCAGUCCUCCUACACAAAUAUACCACAACACGCUUCUAUAUUCCGCGUUCCACCCGCAUUGGAUCAUGCUCUUGGUGUGGUAGAUAGGCACAUCCCAAGGAAGGACCACAUCUUUGUGAUUUUUAAUUUGAAAAGUAUCUUGACAUACAUGAGCAAAAGAGGCUUCAAUUCAUCUUCAUCUCCUCGUGGUGCUUCUUUGAGCAGAGGACAUAAGAAAAGAAUUUGUAGUGCUAGAAGGAAACACUACUCUGGGGAUAAUCACGUGAUGCACCACUCCCUAAGGGUUAAUCGAGACUCACACCUCAAACGACAUUCCAAGAGUGGUGCCUAUAUUGAAGCUUUAGGAGAUGUGAAUGUUGAUUUGAUUCACGAUUUGAUCCCUCAGCACGAGGAAUGUUUGAACACCAAGCUGGCUAUUGAGACACAACUUACAGAUAUUGCUAAAGAGAUUGACAACUUGGAUGUCAAAGAUGCUAUCAUCAAAGAAGCACAAGAGAGAGUUCAUCAGAUGCGGGAAGAGCAUGAAGCUAAGAAAACAUCCUUUAAUAUGCAAAAGAUGAACUUGGAAGUUUCUUCGGAGCAUCAAAAUCAACAAGUAGCACAGCUUCAAGAAUCCAGAAUUGAUGCUAAAGAAAAUCUACUUCCCCAGAUCGGGACCACUCGACGGUCAUUGAAGGCUCAAAAGCAAGAAAUUCACCAUCUAAUCAAUUCUAUAUUUUCUUCUUGUAGCAAGCUCUAA